AAAGGCUUCAGUCAGAGUAGCCAGCUUACUUCGCAUCACAGAACUCAUACAGGGGACAAACCUUAUGCAUGCUUGGAGUGUGGAAAGAGCUUCAGUCGGAGUGGCAACCUUACUUCGCAUCACAGAACUCAUACAGGGGACAAACCUUAUAAAUGCUUGGAGUGUGGAAAGAGCUUCAGUCAGAGUAGCCAGCUUACUUUGCAUCACAGAACUCAUACAGGGGACAAACCUUAUGCAUGCUUGGAGUGUGGAAAGAGCUUCAGUCGGAGUGGCAACCUUACUUCGCAUCACAGAACUCAUACAGGGGACAAACCUUAUAAAUGCUUGGAUUGAGGAAAGAGCUUCAGGUGCACUGGCCACCUUACUUCACAUCAAAGAACUCACACGGGACAAACCUUAUAAAUGUUUGGAGUGUGGAAGGAGCUUCAGUGACAGUAGCACCCUUACUUCUCAUCACAAAACUCAU